AAUCGAUUUUCAGUUAAAUCGAUUAUUCCAUUUAUAAUGUAAAAAUUACAAUAUCAUAUUUUCAGUGAAAAGAACCCCAAUACCUACAAACUCACAUCCAAACAGCCCUCUGUUUUAUUUUGCUUUCGUACGGGAAAAAAAGAAGCAGCUAAUGGCCGUCGUCAAACCAAACCUCCGCCGUCUCUCCGGCCUGGCCUCCAUCAACCGCUAUUGUUCAUCUACCUCCGCCGUGGCCUCCGCCUCCCAUUCCGACACAGACACUGACACCAGUAUAGUCGUCACCACCGCGACCAAAACCAUUCAGAAACUAUCUCACUCGGAAACCCUAAUAUCAGAAAAACUCCACUCUAUAAUCAAAAACCACCACCGUCAAAACCCCAACCCUAGCCCCAUCCCCACCGAUUUUCCUCCCAACUUUACCAUCCCUUCGCUCUCCUCCGACUUCUCAAAUCUCUCCCGCCAACAGCCCAUCUCACCCGCCGUAAUCCGCUCCGUAAUUGAAAAAUGCGCCGCCGUCCGCCAUGGUAUUCCUUUUACACCAACCCUAGCUUUCUUCAACUGGGCUACCAGCACAACAACCGGUUCCUCGGAUACAUAUAACGAAAUGAUCGACCUCGCCGGAAAAGUCCGACAUUUUGACGUAGCGUGGCAGGUAUGUUAG